CACCUUCUGCCUGUCCACAAAUGCUUUCUCGAAAACCCUAACUUCUCCCUUCCUCCUCUGUUGAUAAGAAAUCUUUAAAGGGCUCUAGUUCAAAGAAUUAGCCGUCUCUUUAAUAAAUUAUCUAAAUUUUCUUGAUGGAAGGGCGAGGAGGACCGACUUCUCGCUGUUAUGUUCUUGAGCUCCCUUCGCUGUCGAACCUGGAAUUUCGACAGCAUCAGCCUGAAGUGAAUCAUGAAGGUCUGUUCAGUUUCACAGUGGCAUCUAAAGAGGAUACUUUGAUUCCUUUUGAUGGUCAUCAGGCUCUGGCAAAUGCUUGUAACCCUAACUCCAGGACUUGGUCCAAUGAAAAGAUGAGGAUUUCAGAUCCUAAAGCUGGUAUCGAUCAAGAUCUGUCAGCCGGUAGAGAUGGAGGUAGCAGUUCAUGGUGGAAGAGGUCUGGGCCGGAGAAGGGGAAGACGAAGGUGAGGAGGAAGAUGAGAGAGCCAAGGUUCUGUUUUCAAACAAGGAGUGAUGUAGAUGUAUUAGAUGAUGGAUACAAAUGGAGAAAAUAUGGGCAGAAGAUUGUUAAGAAUAGUCUCCACCCAAGAAGCUAUUUUCGGUGCACUCAUCAUAACUGUAGAGUAAAGAAAAGAGUUGAGAGACUAUCAGAGGAUUGCCGCAUGGUUAUUACCACAUAUGAGGGGAGGCAUACACAUGCUCCUGAUGAUGAUACGAACUCAUCUGAGCCAGAAUGCUUCACCUCAUUCUAGCAAAUAAUUGAUGUAUAAUAAAUCACCUUCAUUAGCUUAAUUUUGUAUGAAAUUAUGUAUCCGUAGCUAUUUUCUUAUUUUUUCCUCCGUUGAUCUUUUGAGGACAAAUUAUUUGCAUGCUUUUAAUUAUGCAUGUAACAAGCUGAAGUUUUCAAUUAUAUAUGAUGCAUGUUUGUCCC